UAGAACCGUUGUCAACAUGUCCACCGCUUCAGCUCCUCAAAACAAUAACGAAGAGCCUGGGCUUCAAGGCUCCUGGGUAGAGCUGGAGCUGAAUGGGAACACAGAGGCCCAGAGAAGUCAGACCGACCUGCUAAUGGCACCCGCUGCUGACCAAAUAAAUGCAAACACAGGCGUGAGUCAAACCCUCCAGACCUUAGACGUGGCUGAAAGUGAUGAAACCCUGAUUGGAGGACUAGAACAUGUGCCGUCGUCGUCCUCUAUCCACAACGGAGACAUGGAAAAAAUUCUUCUGGAUGCACAGCAUGAAUCCAGCCCAAGUAACUCCUCCUGUCACAGUCCUCACAGGCCUCCGAGUCCAGGGCAGGAUGAGGGGCAGAUAACAUUUGAUGUAGAGAUGCCCAGCCCAAGAGACAGUCAGUCAGAGGAAGACAGUACAGAGAAAGACAAAGAGGACGACAUCUUGAUGAACAAAGAAGUAGACUGGGUCGCCGACUGGUCCAGUAGACCUGAAAAUGUUCCGCCAAAGGAGUUCCACUUCAGGCACCCCCGACGCUCAGGAUCCCUGAGUAUGAGAAAGAGCGGAGUCAUGAAGAAAGGUGGCAUCUUCUCUGCUGAAAUCCUUAAAGUGUUCAUCCCUUCCCUGCUCAUCUCACACAUCCUGGCGCUUGGCCUCGGGGUGUACAUUGGUAAGAGACUCGCCACAGCCUCCACCAGCUCCUACUGAAGUGAAUCUGAAGCAGUGCCUAGAUGUUCUCCUGCCUCCAAUCCUAAUAUCCAACAACCUCCUGUUGUCCCGCUCUCUGUUGUCUGCAUCUGUCGUACACCCACACGUCCAAUCACCAUUAACUGGCGCCGCAUUUUAGACGUAGUCGUAUUCAUUAUAUGCCGGCACUCCAUCAGAUUUGGACACCGGCGCUGUAUUAUUGUACAUGCAGUCACAGCUUUGAGUCCAAGUCAAAAAUACGCCACAGGGACUCGAUGGCAGGUCGUUUCGAGCUGAAGUUUAUUGUUGUGUCUUGAUCUGGUCGUUUCUUUUCCCACCAAGCUGCAGCUCUCCUCUUAAAAAAAAA